UCCGGUUUCCGCGGCCCGCGCUGUCAACUCGACCUAGUCCUAGGCGCUCGACAUGGUGGGGAGUCGGCUGGAAACCGUGGGGAGCAUUUUCUCGCGGACUCGGGACCUGAUUCGCGCUGGGGUCUUGAAAGAGAAGCCCCUCUGGUUUGACAUAUAUGAAGCCUUUCCUCCACUGAGAGAUCCGGUCUUCCGAAGACCCACUUUGCGGUAUGGCAAAGCCAAAGCUCAGGUUGCAGAAAUCUUUUACCAGGAGGAUCAGAUCCGAGCGAAAUUUUAUUCAACCUAUGGAUCUAGUCACAAAGCCCUUGAUAUGUUUAAUCCAAAUUUCAAGUCUUCCUGUCAGCGGUUUGUGGAGAAGUACACUGAGCUACAGAAACAUGGAGAGACAGAUGAAGAAAAAUUGUUUGUGGAAACUGGGAAGGCUUUAUUAGCAGAAGGUGUUAUCUUAAGACGAGUAGGAGAAGCAAAACUGCAACAGAGAGUUGGUCACGUUUCCCAGAAGAACGAACAGAGCAGUGUUACACUUCAGGCGAUCUUGGCAACAAACCAGCAGCCUCUGACAGAAGUUCCGCAGAAGCAGCAGCAACAGACACUAGGACAAGAGUCUGAAGGUUCUUCAGGGCCCUGAGGGGCUUGUGUACUAUGUAUACUGAUAUCCAAACUGUAUUCACUACAGGACGGUCGAACUAUUUUUAACAGUUGGACUGUGUAAAGGUUUCUUGAUCUCCCAGGCAUUAUGUUUGCCUCUUUCAGUUCCUAUUUCUAGGUUGUCAUAAAGCUCAGGAUCAUGGUGGGAAAGAAGUAGUUGUGUGAACUUUUAUAGUAGGAUGGUAUUAAAUAAAGAAUUCCCUAACUGUUUGUAAAGUAAA